AUGCCACGCUGGAAAGCCCCUAUCCAUCACUUCUCAUACCGCGUUCUCAUAAUCCCUCCUAUUCUCCUCGCAGCGGCUACAAUCGUCGCUCUCUUCAUACAUUCAGACGUCAACGCUGCGCUUCUUUGGUCGCAAUGUCACUCCCACGCGCGCAUCCCAGGAGUCAGUCGUAUUCCAGCCAUCGGCACGCCUCUGUGCUAUCUCAUCAGCUUCUUCCGCGCCGCGCUGCAGUCGCUUCGCAGUACCGCUGUCAUGGCCGUUGUUCUGGCAUUCCUGGGCGGUCUAUUGACAGUAAGCACUGUUGAAGCGGCACGCAUUUGCAACGCGCCGAAUGUUCUUAUUGCGUAUCCUACUGGACCUUGGUUGGUGUUUGAUCUUGUGGGUGGUGCUGUUGUGUGGGAGCUUGUUAUCAUUCCUGCGUUUUUGCAUCGCGCGAGGAGUGUUUUGAAUGCGAGGCAGAGAGAUGACGGUCAUGGCGAUGUUCAUCAAAUCUUCACCAGCCGUCAUCUUCCUGAUAGUGAGCUUGUGGCUAUUCCCAUGAGCGUGGCCCUUGGCUACUUUCUGCCAUCUAUUUUGAUGCUCUUCAAAACCACCCCAGCAACCGUCGGAGUUUGGCUGUUCUUCCCGAUUUAUGUAACAAUCGUUCGUCAGACAAUCCGCAGUGUUAUCGCCGUUAUCCGAAGAGUCAGCCCUACAAACAUCCAUCUCGCAUCAAACCGACGAUCACUGUUCUUUGUUUACUUGCUCCCGAUGGUCUGCUCGAUUCUGGCCCACGUCUUCUUCAUCUGGAGUCUAACUCAACCUGAUGAUCGCAAGGAGAUGACCAGGUCGACCAUAGUCUUCAUCGAAGUUGACACGCAAUUCAUUUUCUGGACUGUUCUGUACUGGAUGUUGGUGGAGGUUGGAUGGAGAGUUCCUUUAACCACAGUUCUUACAUCUCUUCUGAUUGGUCCAGGUGCAGGAACUUGUGUUGGAUGGAUGUAUCGCGAGAAGCUGAUUCACCAUGAUGAUGAUGGAAACGAAAGUGUUGAUGAGCCAGCCGAUGAGGAGACGCCUUUGUUGCAAUGA